AUGGUUACUAAAAGAAUCUUAUCUGUCGCCCACUUCAAGACUGCUUCCAGACAUUGGAUGCCUUUAAAUACUAAAUUACCAAAAUCACAACUAUUCGCAAAACAUUUUUCAAGACAACGAUGCAUCAACUUUAACAAUGUCACCGAUGCUUCAGUUGUAUCCAACGACAAUGUAUUUACAUCUACACAAGAAUCAACCAGUACUGCUGCUCAAACAUCAUCAAGCGAUGAUUCUCCAUACUUUGAACCAAUUGUAUACUCAAAUGAUGAAAUCAUCACUGCUAGUCCGGUAAGAAAACCUUAA